CCCUGGCGGACAGCAGAGGGAGGUUGGACCGGGAACAAUAGAGAGGAACGAAGCCAGCCUUGAAACAGCAACAAACCGAGAGGGCGACGGAAAGAAAGGAGCCCAGAGGGGCUGAUGGAGGGAGAGGUGCACACGGAGGACAUGUGAAGAACACAAAGGUCGGGGCUUCGCUUUCUCUCUUUAUUAUCGGUGGAUCGGAUUAAACCGGAUUCCGGCAUGAACCCCGCAGAAGCGGCCGAGGAGGCGCCCAGUGACCCCGACACCGAUGCCUUCUACAAAACAGGCUCCCUCAGGACCGAAGGCAUAAAGGCGUCUGAUGUUUUGCCUGUGCUGAAGGAGAAAGUCGCCUUUGUGUCGGGAGGGCGAGAUAAAAGAGGAGGACCAAUUCUGACAUUUCCUGCCAGGAGCAACCACGACCGAAUAAAGCAGGAGGACUUGAGGCGAAUGGUCACAUACCUGUCUACUGUCCCCAGUGAGGAUGUCUGCAAACGGGGAUUUACUGUUAUCAUCGACAUGCGAGGAUCGAAGUGGGAGCUAAUCAAGCCUCUGCUGAAGACACUGCAGGAAUAUUUCCCAGCUGAGAUCUGUGUGGCUCUCAUUAUCAAACCAGACAACUUCUGGCAGAAACAGAAGACCAACUUUGGAAGUGCAAAGUUCUCCUUUGAGACCAGUAUGGUUUCAGUAGAAGGCCUGGCCAAACUGGUAGAUCCCUCACAGCUAACUGAAGACUUUGAAGGCUCUUUGGACUACAACCAUGAGGAAUGGAUCGAGCUGAGGGUGUCUCUGGAGGAGUUUAUGUCCAGUGCUGUUCACCUGCUGUCUAGACUGGAGGACCUUCAGGAACUUCUGUCCAUGAAAGACUUUCCUGCAGAUGUAGAAGGAUCUCGGCGGUUAAUAGAGGAGCACACACAGCUGAAGAAAAAGGUGCUUAAGGCUCCAGUGGAGGAGUUAGACCGAGAAGGCCAAAGGUUGCUUCAGUGUAUUCGAUCCAGUGAUGGAUUUUCUGGAAGGAACUGCAUCUCAGGUUCUGCUGACUUUCAGAGUCUGGUGCCCAAGGUGGCCAGUCUGCUCGAUAAGCUCCACUCCACAAGGCAGCACCUCCAUCAGAUGUGGCACGUCAGGAAGCUGAAACUGGACCAGUGCUUCCAGCUGCGCCUCUUUGAGCAGGAUGCUGAGAAAAUGUUCGACUGGAUCAGCCACAACAAGGAGGUGUUUCUGCAGAGCCACACAGAGAUCGGUCGUAGUUACCAGCAUGCUGUGGAGCUGCAGACACAGCACAACCACUUUGCCAUGAACUCCAUGAAUGCCUAUGUAAACAUCAACAGAAUCAUGUCAGUGGCGAGCCGGCUGGCUGAGGCCGGUCACUAUGCUUCCACGCAGAUCAAGCAGAUCUCUGGUCAGCUGGAUCAGGACUGGAAAAGUUUUGCUGCUGCCCUUGAUGAACGCUCUACCAUCCUUGCCAUGUCUUCUGUUUUUCAUCAGAAGGCUGAGCAGUUCCUGUCUGAGGUGGAGACUUGGUGUAAAGUGUGCAGUGAGGGUGGGUUACCGUCGGAGAUGCAGGAGCUGGAGAUCGCCAUCCAUCGGCACCAGAGCCUGUAUGAGCAGGUGACCCAGGCUUACACCGAGGUGAGUCAGGAUGGUAAAGCUCUGCUGGAUGUGCUGCAGAGACCUCUGAGUCCAGGCAACUCCGACUCCCUCACAGCCACAGCUAAUUACUCCAAAGCGGUUCACUGCAUCCUGGACGUGGUGCAUGAGGUUCUUCACCAUCAGCGGCGCCUGGAGAACAUUUGGCAACAUCGAAAGGUCCGUCUACACCAGCGACUGCAGCUGUGUGUGUUCCAGCAAGAUGUGCAGCAGGUUUUGGACUGGAUAGAAAACCACGGGGAAGCUUUCCUCAGCAAACACACAGGUGUUGGGAAAUCCCUCCAUCGAGCCCGAGCCCUGCAGAAAAGACACGAUGACUUUGAAGACGUGGCACAGAACACCUACACGAAUGCAGACAAGCUGCUGGAGGCGGCCGAGCAGCUGGCACAAACAGGAGAAUGUGAUCCAGAAGAAAUCUACAAGGCCGCCCGACACCUGGAGGUGCGGAUCCAAGACUUUGUUCGGCGAGUGGAGCACAGGAAGCUGCUACUCGACAUCUCUGUCUCCUUCCACACACACACCAAGGAGCUGUGGUCGUGGAUGGAGGAGCUGCAGAAGCAGCUGCUGGAAGACGUGAGCUGUGACUCGGUGGAUUCGGUUCAGACUCUGAUUCAACAGUUUCAGCAGCAGCAGACGGCCACACUGGAGGCCACACUCAACGUGAUCAAAGAGGGAGAGGAACUGAUGCAGCAGCUCAGAGAUGCAGCCAUGUCGACCAGCAAGACGCCACACUGCAGUUCCAUCGCGCACAUCCAAGGAGUGCUGCAGCAGCUGGAUGAGGCUCAGGGCCAGAUGGAGGAGCUGUUCCACGAGCGCAAAAUCAAGCUGGACAUUUUUCUGCAGCUGCGCAUCUUUGAGCAGUACACACUAGAGGUGACAGCAGAGUUGGACGCCUGGAACGAGGAUCUGUCCCGUCAGCUGAGUGACACCAACCGUUCGGGUGGCAGCAGCAGCAGCAGCGGCAGCAGCUCCUCCUCAGGCGGUGCGGAGGACAUAAGCCUGGCAGAGCAGCGGCUGAAACGGCAUGCAGAGAGGAAGACUGCCAUGAACAACAUGACCUAUGAGGUCAUGCAGCAAGGUCAGGACCUCCACCAGUACAUCAUGGAGGUCCAAGCGUCAGGGAUUGAGUUGACAGGAGAGAAGGACAUGGACCUGGCCUCUCAGGUCCAGGAGCUGCUGGAGUUUCUCCAUGAGAAGCAGCAGGAAGUCGACAUCAGCACACAGCAUACACACACACGUCUGGAGCAGACUCUGCAGCUACGCCACCUACAGGCUGAGGUUAAACAGGUACUGGGUUGGAUCCGUAAUGGUGAGUCCAUGUUGAAUGCCAGCAUGGUGAACGCCAGCUCUCUGUCUGAAGCCGAACAGCUGCAGAGGGAGCAUGAACAGUUCCAGAUGGCUAUAGAGUCUCUCUUUCACGCCACCUCCCUCCAAAAGACUCAUCAGAGCGCGCUGCAGGUGCAGCAGAAGGCUGAGAUGAUGCUGCAGGCAGGUCACUAUGAUCCUGAGGCGAUCCGAAGCUGUGCUGAGAAGGUGGCUGUCCACUGGCAGCAGCUGAUGCUGAAGAUGGAGGACCGCCUGAAGCUGGUCAAUGCCUCUGUGGCCUUCUACAAAACAUCAGAGCAGGUGUGCAGUGUGCUGGAGAGCCUUGAGCAGGAGUACCGGCGGGAUGAGGACUGGUGUGGCAGCCAUGAAAAACUUGGGAGUUCAGUAGAGAGUGAGCACCUGCUGCCCCUGAUCAGCAAACACCUGGAGCAGAAGGAAGCCUUCCUGAAGGCGUGCACGCUGGCUCGGAGGAAUGCUGAGGUCUUCCUCAAAUACAUCCACAGAAACAAUGUGAGCACACCUGGAGCUGCAGGCCAUGCUAGAGGACCUGAGCAGCAGGUCAAAGCCAUUCUGAAUGAGCUGCUGCAGAGGGAAAACCGGGUUCUGCACUUCUGGACGUUGAAGAAACGAAGGCUGGACCAGUGUCAGCAGUACCUGGUGUUUGAACGGAGUGCUAAACAGGCUCUGGAUUGGAUCCAAGAGACAGGAGAUGUUUACCUCACUACACACACAUCACCUGGGGACAGCAGUGAGGAAACCCAGCAGCUGCUAAACAACUACCAUCACUUCAGACUUUCUGCUAAGCAAACCAAGGAAAAGGUAAAGCUUCUGAUCCAGCUGGCGGACAACCUGGUGGAGAAAGGCCACGUCCACGUGUUGGAGCUGAAGCGCUGGGUCAGCACGGUGGACCGCAGGUACCGAGACUUCUCCCUUCGCAUGGCCAAAUACCAGGAGAGCCUGGAGAGGAGCCUGGGCAUCAGCUCUGAGGACAACAAGGACCUGGAGCUGGACAUCAUGCCUGCGAGUUUGACCAACGAUCCUGAGGUCAAACUCCGCGAUCCAAACCACGAGGUUGAUGAGGAGAAGAGAAAGUCUGCCAGAAAGAAAGAGUUCAUCAUGGCGGAGCUGCUGCAAACGGAGAAGGCCUACGUCAGGGAUCUCCAGGAGUGUCUAGAAACCUACCUGAGGGAGAUGACCAGCGGUGAAGAGGAGAUUCCUCCAGGCAUCGCCAACAAGGAGCAAAUUAUUUUUGGCAACAUGCAGGAGAUCUAUGACUUCCACAACAAUAUUUUCCUGAAGGAACUGGUGAAUUAUGAGCAGCUGCCGGAGGAUGUGGGCCACUGCUUCGUCACCUGGGCUGAUAAGUUCCACAUCUAUGUGGACUACUGCAAGAACAAACCCGACUCCAGUCAACUUAUCCUCGAGCAUGCUGGCAGCUUCUUUGAUGACAUUCAGCAGAGACGUGCGCUGGCAAACACACUCAACUCCUACCUCAUCAAACCAGUCCAGAGGAUCACAAAGUACCAACUUCUGUUAAAGGAGCUGCUGUCUUGCUGUGAAGAGGGUAAAGGGGAGAUCAAAGAUGGCUUGGAGGUGAUGCUCAGCGUUCCUAAGAGAGCCAAUGAUGCCAUGCACUUAGCCAUGCUGGAGGGCUUUGAGGAGAACCUGGAGGUUCAGGGUGAGCUGAUCCUGCAGGACAGCUUCCAGGUUUGGGACCCGCGCGCACUGAUCCGGAAGGGCCGGGACCGACACCUCUUCCUGUUCGAGUUUUCAUUGGUCUUCAGCAAAGAGAUCAAAGACUCAGCAGGAAGAACCAAGUACCAAUACAAGAAUAGACUACUGACAGCAGAGCUUGGGGUAACCGAGCACAUAGAGGGCGACCCGUGUAAAUUUGCCCUGUGGGCAGGAAGAACCCCGUCUUCUGAUAAUAAAACUGUGCUAAAAGCAUCCAGCAUGGAAGCCAAACAGGAAUGGAUAAAAAACAUCCGUGAGGUAAUCCAAGAGAGAAUGACUCACCUGAAGGGGGCGCUGAAGGAGCCUCUUCAUCUGCCUAAAACACCUGCACUGACUAAGCCCAGGAACUUCACUAAGAGGGAGGGAGGGGACGAUGGAGACAGCCAGGGAGACGGCAGCAGCCAACCAGAUACCAUCUCCAUCGCCUCAAGGACAUCCCAGAACACCAUAGACAGUGACAAGCUCUCUGGUGGGUGUGAGCUGACCGUGGUCCUCCAGGACUUCACUGCAGGAUGCAGCACAGAGCUGUCCAUCAGCACAGGCCAGACCGUAGAGCUAUUGGAACGACCCACAGAGCGGCCCGGCUGGUGUCUGGUCCGGACCACCGAGCGCAGCCCGCCUCAGGAGGGGCUGGUCCCAAGCUCAGCUCUCUGCAUCUCUCACUCUCGGUCCAGUGUUGAGAUGGACUGCUUCUUCAGCUCAGGGAAAGAAAACUACCAUGUGGGCAGCUCUGACAGGAAGACCGAGUCUGUAGCGAACCUACAGCCACAGCCGUCCCUCAACUCCAUUCAGUCGGGUUCUCCAAAUGUUUCCAAACGUUCUGGAAACCAGAAGUGGAAGUGGCUGCCCAGUUCAGGACGCAGGAUCAGCUCCAGCAAGAAACCACCCAGCACCAAGCAGAAGAAGCCAGAACUCAGUUCUGGAAGAGAUGGUGGUGGAAAGGCUAAUGAGCGCAGUCAACCAGGAAAGGAGGACAAUGAAGAGAGAGUAAGCAUCAAGGAUGGGAACCCUCCAUCGAAGCAGUCUCCUGGAAUACAGAGUGGUGGAGAGGAGGAGCCAGAGCCAGAUGAUGAGCCCCACCUUCCUCUUCCUCCACCCAUGGAGAUCAUGAAGGACCCCUCAGCUUCAGAAGAAAAGUCUUCAUCCUUGCUAACAUCUCUGCAGUCGUCCUCUGACGUCCCCAGCGCUGCAGAGCUGGUUAGCGCCAUAGAGAAGUUGGUUAAAACCAAGAUGACGGUGGAACCAUACCCAGGCUUCACCCCUCCAUCUCCACCGGAACAACACACACCGGUUCAGGCACGGAACUCCGAGCAGGACCAGAAAGCCAAAGCCAUGAGACACCGGACGUUUGUCCUGAACGAGCUCAUUCAAACAGAAAAGGACUACGUCAAAGACCUGGGAAUCGUGGUGGAGGGAUUCAUGAAGCGGAUAGAAGAGAAGGGCGUUCCAGAGGACAUGAAGGGAAAAGAGAAAAUAGUAUUUGGGAACAUUCACCGCAUCUAUGACUGGCACAGAGAGUUCUUCGUAGGAGAGCUUGAGAAGUGUGUUGACGACAACGGGCUCCUCCCAGAACUUUUCAUCAAGCAUGAGAGAAGACUGCACAUGUAUGUGGUUUACUGUCAGAAUAAACCCAAAUCUGAGUACAUCGUUGCAGAAUAUGACAAAUUUUUUGACGGGAUCCAGCAGGACAUUCAGUCUAAACUGACCAUCAGUGAUUUUCUCAUUAAACCCAUCCAGAGAAUUACCAAAUACCAGCUGCUGCUAAAGGACUACCUGAAGUACAGCUCUAAGGCUGGCAUGGACUGCAAGCAAAUUGAGAAAGCUGUGGAAUUGAUGUCUGAGGUUCCUAAGCUCUGCAACGACAUGAUGAAUCUGGGCCGGCUUCAGGGAUACGAGGGAAAUCUGGCCAAUCAGGGAAAACUGCUGCAGCAGGAAACCUUCUUUGUUACGGAACAAGAUGCUGGAGUCUUGUCGCGAUCCAAAGAACGCAGAGUCUUCCUCUUUGAGCAAAUCGUCAUCUUCAGUGAACUGCUUAGGAAAGGCUCAUCCACACCUGGCUACCAAUUCAAAAAGUGCAUUAAGGUGACCAACCUGGGACUGGAGGAAUCUGUCGACAAUGACGCCUGCAAAUUCGUCAUGUUCUGUCGUGGCUCAUCGGAGCGUUUCACUCUGCAGGCAGCCAACGUCGACACCAAGCAGGUCUGGGUCCAACACAUCCAGAACAUCCUGGAUGCUCAGAAUGACUUUCUGUCAGCUCUGCAGUCUCCCAUUGUGUACCAGCAGUGUCAAAGCAAAGACAGCGGCUCCUCUCUGAUCAGACGGUCCUCAUCGUCAGGAAACCGGCCAUCUUCAUCCUCCCAUAGCCGGCCGUCCUCAGCUCUGGGCUUCAGUGAGAAGAGCCCUUUAAAAGUCUCUACCUCCAAUGGCAGCUCAUCUUGCUUUGAAUCCACUCACGAUGACUGUAACGGCCUCUUCUCCACCAUGCGGGUCACUCAGGACUACUCUGCACUCAAAGAGAACGAGAUAUGUGUCAGCAGAGGAGACGUGGUCCAAGUCCUGACCAUCAAUCAGCAGAACAUGUACCUCGUUUUUCGGCCAGCCAACAGCCAGUCACCCGAGGCCGAGGGCUGGUUGCCGGGACACGUCCUGGGCCCGCCCACAAAGUCCAUAAAAGACUCUUUCUCUACUUCCUCCUUCCCAUCUGCUGUGGCAGAUGCCAACAACAUCAAGAAGUCUUUGUCAUGGAACACGCUCCGUGCUAGGAAACGUGCUGAAUCCAGGGACAGCUCCUUUCUGGGGUUCAGGAGUCAGGACAACAGCCUCCUCCGUAAACCCAAAGACGGCGCAGUCUCCCCCCUUCCUCUAGCCCUGCCAAGCCCCAGCCACAAGGCUAAAGACCUGCACACCUCUGAUGAGUCAGAAAGUGAGGAAGACCUUGACCCAAAGACGGGCAUGGAGCUUCUUAACCCAAACUUCAUCCAGGAAGUGGCCCCGGAAUUCCUGGUACCGCUAUCAGAUGUGGUGUGUGCAUUUGGGGAGACAGUCGUCCUCUGCUGUAAAGUCUGUGGACGACCCAAACCCACGGUAACUGUGAAGGGGCCCGACCAGAACCCCGUCACCAGCAACAACCGCUUCACCAUUGAUAUCAGGGACACUGGUGACAUCCUGAUGAAGAUCUGCAACUUAAUGCCUCAGGAUACAGGAAUCUACACCUGUGUUGCUGUUAAUGAUCAUGGCUCUGCUUCUUCCUCUGCGUCUAUUAAAGUUCAAGGUAUCCCAGCAGCCCCAGGGAGGCCUAUGGCUCAGGAGGCGAGCAGCACCAUGGUGCUGGUCCACUGGCCACCUCCAGCUUCAUCUGCUCACUGCGCCAUCACCAGUUAUGCUGUAGAGUACAGACAGGAAGACUCAUUCCUGUGGCAGCAGGCAGCCAGCUGCAGGGAGGAGUGUGUCCAGAUCGAUAAUCUUAUUCCUGGAGGUCACUAUCAAUUCAGAGUUCGAGCCUCCAACCGCUGGGGGGUUGGGCCUCCAUCACAACCCUCAAAUAUGGUCACACUGGGCAGCUGCAGCUCUGGAUGUGAUGGAACAGGGAUUCAUUGGAAAGAAAAUUGUGAGUCAGUCUUCACUGAGAUCAGCGAGAUUGGAAGGGGGCGCUUUUCAGUCGUGAGAAAAUGUUUGAACAAAUCAACAAAGAAAGAGGUUGCCGUUAAGUUUGUGAAUAAGAAGAUGCAGAAGAAAGAGCAGGUAGCUCAUGAAGCAGACAUUCUUCGUCAUGUCCAGAAUCACCAGCUGGUGGCGCUGCUGGACACUUAUGAGUCUCCUACCUCUCUGAUGCUCAUCCUGGAGCUGCUAGAAGAUGGACGUUUGCUUGACUAUCUUGUUGCCCACGAUGAGCUGAUGGAAGAGAAAGUAGCAUUUUUUAUCAAAGAAACUUUGGAGGCUCUCCAACACCUUCAUACCUGCAGAGUGGCACAUCUGGAUCUUAAGCCAGAGAACAUCAUGGUGGACCUUAGAGCUCCGGCUCCAUCUGUCAAGCUCAUCGACCUGGGUGACGCUGUCCAGCUCUCUGCCAGCCGCCAAUAUGUCCACCUCUUACUUGGAAACCCAGAGUUUGCAGCCCCUGAGCUCAUCCGAGGUACGCCAGUGUCUGUUUCGACAGACGUGUGGAGCAUGGGCGUGCUGGCCUACGUGAUGCUCAGUGGCGUAUCCCCCUUUCUGGAUGAGUCACCAGAGGAAACAUGUGUUAACAUUUGCCGCCUGGACUUCUGUUUCCCGGAUGAAUACUUCCAUCAUGUAAGUCAGGCAGCCAGGGAUUUUGUGACUUCAGUGCUGCAGGAGGAUCCCAGGAAGAGGCCUAGUGCCACUUCAUGUUUACAACAUCCGUGGGUGGGCCGGGGGGGCGCUCAAGGAGGUGAGUACUCCAAGAUGCCUCUGGACAGGUCGAGGUUGGCCACAUUCAUCGAUCGAAGAAGACAGUUACACGAUGUCCGUCCCAUCACCAACAUCAAAGGUUUGGUGAGCAGCACUAUGGGCAAUAAACACACUGUGAUGGAGAGACCAUGAACAGUUAGUCCAUCUGUGAACACCAACACUGAAACGUCUUUACUAUUUUACUGUCUUAUGGACUUAUUAGUAAAAAACCUUCCCAUUUGGUCCAGCUUAUAAUCUUCUUCAAUCUGGGUGGGUCACUGUUUGUAAAACUAUUUGUGGCUCAGAACAGUUAUUUAUUCCACAACUUGUCAAUUUAAUGUUUUGUAUGUAUGCUUUAAAAUACAUCCACUAUAACCCAAAGAAAUCAUCUGAGCCAUGUAGAAAGACAUGAAAACUCUCUGGAAUCACUGAACAGAAUCCAUCACUUCUUAGCCACAAUGUUCAUAUUUGCAUCAAGAUUUACUGGCUGUAUUUAUAGAAGAAAAUCUAACCUUAUUUUUCAUGUAAAUUACAGAAACUUUGACAAGCCAACAAGCAUCCUGCACUUUCAUCCAUUUCUCUGGCAAAGACGUGAACAGAAAAUAAUAAAAAAAUGCAGUGGCAUAAUCUCACAAUGAACAAUUAUUAUAUAUCAUUAUAUUAAUCAAAUUUGGUGAAAUUUAGCAAUAAUAAAAACAUGGGGUUUUUUUGUAUUAUCUUGUUGGAAGUUCCAAUGAUGACCCUUAUAUAUUUCCUUACUUUGCAGGCAUUGGUUAUUACAUUUCAAAGAGGUAAUGAUACCAUGCUCUUGAACAAGGAUUCCAGGGCCUGUGAAGGACAACAGGCCCACAGCAUCAUAAAGCCUACCACUAUGCUAGUCAUUCUUUGCUUUAUUGCAAACCUUUUUGGAGUGAGUGCCAUCUUAGAGUCCUCUGACUAAAAGACAGGAUUCCAUUUAAAGCCCAGGCAGAGUUUCAACGUGACUGUGAUGAUAAGAUGGACAAACAUCUUUCUGACAUAACUUCCAAACAGUUCCUGUUAAAGAAUCUUGCGGUCCACAAGAUCAAUACUAGGGAUACAUUUUAUAUCCAAAUUCAAUAUGGCAGUCAAAAAGAGAUAUCUUUUGGUGUCUGUAGUUUUCCUAAAUGUUGUAACACAGUUUAUCUAAAAGUUGAACAAUGCUGAGUUCAUAACAGCUCUGUUAUUGGUGUGUAAUACUUGUUCAUCAGAGCACACUGUUGAUCGAGAACACACAGGAGCCAGAACUCUUCAUCCACCCUGCUGGGAUGGAAAACAGAGCUCAUUGUCAAACAUUACUUUUGGAAAUGUUUUUGAAUUUUUUAGAUGUGCUUCAGUUGAAUUUGUUAAAUUAUAUUUGACAGAAUGGAUGUAAAUGUUAACUAAGAUCCAACCUCCAAACUUACUGCACCCCAGAUUUCUUCAUUCAUUCUUUGAAGACUGCCCAGUGUUAUUUUUCUGUCAGAUGGUACAUCUUCAUCACCUGGACUCUUUGUAAAUGUCCCUUUUCUGUUCUAAAAACUUAUGAAUUGAUUUUCACUGGCUGACCAAUGUAAUGCACAUGUUUAUUUUGUUAUAAUUAUUUGACUUGAAUGACAGCAGGUCCAGCAGAAACGUCAGAUCUGCAUUGAUCCCCAAUAUGGCAAUAUGCACGAUUCACAGUUGAUUCUUUUGUACCAGUGUAAAACUGUACCUUCAAGUGUAGCUUUGAAUGUGAAGGUUUUGUUCUGUUUGAGACUGUGUAAAGAUAACAAAGACCACUUGUUCUCCCAAACAGUCAAUGCUCAGCUGCUGAGAUUGGGGCCUGAACUGUUGGAUGAUCAACAAAACAAAUGCAGCAAAAGGAAUCAUGACACCUCUGUUCAUAUUACUGUUUAAGGAGAUAUUUGUGUAGAAUCAGGGCAUGUAGUUUACAGAACAGCAAAACUAUCAGGGAUCGUCUGCAUAUAAAACCACCUGGGAUGUCUUUGAAUUCAGAUUGUAAAUGUUUUUGUUUCAGGACGUUCAUGUAAUCCAGUAAACAUGUAGAAAGGUGAGCUCCAUUGUCACACCUACAGUAUUUAGUUGUACAUUUCCAGCCUGACCCAGCCACUGUGGCAAACAUCCUGCCUGGAUUUGUGAUGAUGUCACUGCUUGGCUGAUCUUGAAGACAGAUGUUUACUUUUCUGUUCCAAUUUAAUAAUGAAUGUAUAAAUUAGAGAAUGUGUUCUGUAAGGAUUGUGCUGUCACUGACCAGUGUCCCUACAUCAGCAGCCUUAGGAAGUGUUCACUGUGCUGCAGUUAAAGGCCAGGCUGAUGAAGCAGCUGUCGGAUAGCAACCAUCAGACAGCUGUAUUUAUUUGUACAGCUGUAAUAAAACCUGCUCAGGUUUCUGAAAACACUGGCAGCCAAAUCUGUUUAGCACUGUUUCUCACUCAGUAGAGAAUCUGCUGGUGAUGUGAUAUUAUAAUCUCCAUUUUUUAGUCAUUGCCCAAAACAAUCCAAUGAUACUGAAAGCUGCAAGCUGCAACAAAAGAAGCUCACACCUUCAGGUCAUUUUAACCAGUUGCCCCCAAACCUGGUCUUCAGGGCCCGCAGUCCUGCGUGUCUAAGAUAUUUCACCAUUCCAGCACAGCUGAUUUAAAUAACUGCAUCCCCUCUUCGGGUGCUGCUGAAGCAUAUUAAUCAGCCACUUCAUUUGAGCUAGGCGUGCAGCAGCAGGGAAACAGCUACACCUGAGGGCCAGGGACCAGAGGAUCUCUGGUUUAAAGAGCGCCGUUGACCAGGGAUCCAGUCACAGAGAAAAGUCUUAGUAAAAAGAAAAAACACCUUUUGUCAUGGCCAGCAUUAAGUGUGUGGGAUUCACCAGAGUAGUGUUAUACUCUACUAAUACAUCCAACUAUUAAUUUAAAUAAAUGAAUCAACAUCAUAAUGUGUCAAAUAUCCAUAAGAAGGAUCAAUUCUGUUUUUCCAGCUAAACAAAUUCCAAAACCAAAAAGCAAGGAGAUUCUGUUGUACUCAGAUUAAAACUGAUUGAAAAUAUUGAUAGUCAAACAUAAAACAAAGAUGUAUUGUUAAUUCUACUCUGGAAAUAGCAAAUAAAGAUGAAAAAUAAAGUUUUAUGAAAUUGACCAUUCAAAAUAUUUUGUGACCCGUCUGACUUUGAUGGUCAGAGGGAGAAACCAGGAGAGGUAAAACCUGUCUGGACACAAACUGGCUUUUCUGCUCCAGCAGCAGCUCUAGUUCAUUCUGAUUAGAACUCACUGGAAAAAAAAUAAUAAAAUUCUGGUUUCUCGAGCAGCACUUUUGGACAUAGUUAUGGUUCUAUGUUGUGGAUUCGAAGGCACAUCACCUAGGUGAUGUGUAAGGCAUAGAAGAAUUAUUUUUUUUUAAUUUGCAGAGAAGCAAGUGAUGAAAACACACAGUCUGACAACGUGAUCCAUUUUCUUUUUGAGUUGGAAAAACCGAACUUUCUGCCUAUUUGGUUUCUUUUGUGUCAGCUGACAGCUUCUGGGGAAGGAGCCAAUAUGAGGUUCAGAUUAACCAAUCAGAAGGAGCGCUGGGAUACAACAAUGGACAAUUCAUGUUCUAUCCCAGUAAUUAUCCAGUAAAUAUGUAGAAAGGUGAGCCAAUGCAUCUAAUUUUAUUUUUUCUAUCUUUAUGUAAAACAGAGGGACACACUGACCAACAUUUCAAUGAACUUUUCAUAGAGUAUUUGUGAUUAGUUAUUUAUGGCCAUGGUUGGUAGCGCAGAGUAAUGCAGGUUAGAGCUAUUACCUUAAUAUAGGCAUAAGGCAUCUGUAUUACCUUAUGUCUAUGUUAAGGUAAUGAGAAUAUUCUAGACAUAAAACUAAAUGUUUGUAAAAAGAAAGAAAGAAAAAAACACAUGUACUUAACUUACAGUUGAUUGAAUGCUAAGCACUUUGGUGCAAUCCAUUAGUACCAUUUUUUAAUUCUGAAAUCCAACAAACUAUGAUGAACCACAUGCAGUAAAAGCAUAAAAUGGCCAUGGUUGGUAGCGCAUCUUUGUACCAAAAAGACACCACAAAGGAAUAAAACAAAAAAAUUAUGAUAGGGACUUCAGGCAGAGCAAAUGAGACAAAGUAGCUGCUCUUAGCAAUGGUUUUACUUUACUGCAUCAAAGUGCAUUUACUACCCAAUAAAAUAGUAGAAUGUCGUCUUAUCAGCAUGCAUCUUUGAUCACUUGAUGGAUACUAAAAACUCCGACCUGAAGGAGAAACAGAAAGAAAUAAAUGGGGUCUGUUUACCCUGAAUUGACUGAAAGAGUUGGAGCUCUGGUUCUGGUAAAGUCCUGCAACACACAACACACUUAUCUGCUCUAGAAGAGCCUGGGCUAUUCCUCUGUCACAUAUUGGCACUCAGUGACUUGAUGAGAUAAAAGGUUAAACCCAGCCAAGAGUAUUUUAGUUAUUUUCAAUAAUCAAUGUUUGGUAGGUCAACUUGUUUCCAUGUUUCCUCUUUGUGUAAAGAAGAAACAAGAACAUCACAAGACAACUGAAUCACUGCUCCAGUCUUUUACUUUCAGUCUUUAUUGGAAGUGAGAAAGCCUGUUGACUAAACAUCAGCUCAACUUCUUUAGAAAACCAAACUAGUGACGACUCCACAAUCCCACAAUGCAUCUUUCAUGACUUGUUACGCCAUGCAGGACUGUGCUGCUUGAGCUUUGUUAAAUGCUUUGUUCAUACUGAGCUUCGUAGAGAACCAUGCAGAUGCUUUAUGCCGCGGUGUGAUGCAGCAUAUUCUGUACAGGCUUCCUGUUGCAAACAACCCGCUGGGUUGUUACUCUUUAUGAAUAAACAAUCUGCCUGUUUGUUUGUAUUCAUA